AGAGUCAGUUCCUUCUGUCUACAAGCAGGCAUGUCUUCCACCAGCACUGACUAUGCAGGGGAUCAGACAAGUGAUCAGGACAGUCUUAGAAAGAAGAUCAAGGACAAUUUAAGCAGAUAUGAUGUUGGCAGCCGAUACAAUCACAUUCCUCUUCAGAAAGCCUCAGUGCUGCUCCCUCUGCAAAUUAGACAAGGCAGAUUGUACCUUCUUCUAACUGUCAGAUCAAUGAAGCUGAAAACUAUGCCAGGAGAUGUGUGCUUUCCCGGAGGAAGACAAGAUCCAUCCGACCAAGAUGAAAUAGAAACUGCUCUAAGGGAAUCCAAAGAGGAGAUAGGACUGUGUGCUCACCAAGUGGAAAUUGUUUGCAGGCUUCUUCCCUAUGUUACCAAGUCUCCAGUUUUCUUGGUCACUCCAGUAGUUGGGAUUGUAGAAGACACCUUCCAACCAACACCUAACCCCAAUGAGGUUACAGAGGUCCUCUAUGUUCCCUUGGAUCUGUUCAUCAGCUUGGACCAUUACACUGCAAUACCAUACAACAUACCCCCUUUCGGAAAGCAGACCAUCCAUAAGUUUGAGCAUGAGGAUCCACAGACUAAGAAAAGCUUUUACAUUUGGGGGUUGACCGGUCAUUUUGCCUUACUGAUUUCAGUGAUCCUGCUAGAAAGACGUCCAUUGUUUGACCCAGAGUUUGAUCUGGAGAGCACAUUGAAGGUUUGUGAAAAAACUAUCUUGGACUUUAAUAAUAAGAGUAAGCUGUAGUGAUCCCAAAGAAGAAAUGAAUGUCAGGUAUCUGGGGCCAAAUGUUAU